AUGAAUCUCACAAAGGACUACUCUUAUGCUACUUUACCAAUUCCAAAUAGAUUGUUACUUGGGUUUUGUAUGGUUAGUGCUGGUAUACUUGAAUAUGGACUACAUCAUAUAUCUAUGGCUUUAGAAUUUACACCCCAUCAUUUGAAAUGUCUACCUGAAGUUCUACUUGGACAAGCUUAUGAUUCAUCUGGACUUUCUGAAAUUGCAGAGGGUCUUUAUUCACAAACGAAUGUUGAAAAAUUGGAACUUUUAUUAGAAAAAGAUCAAAAAGAACUUGAAUCAUUUAUCUCCAAGACUCCAAUACUUGAAAAUUCUAUUUUGAAGCCCAAAAACCCACAUCAUACAUUGAAAAUGUAUUUGCUUCAAACAAAUGAUGCAAUUGAUAAAGUUGUUCCUGAAAAUUUGGAAGAAUGUGAUCAAAGUCAAGAUUUUUUAAAAUCCAGAACCUUAGAUAAACUUUCAAAUCUCAUUUGCAGGUUAUCACCUACAGAAGAUUCAAUUUGUCCACUUUUAGAAGAUGAUGAAAAACUUGACAAUCUUUUAAAUUAUUAUACAAAAGAUUUUGGUUCAAUUGAUGGAAGUCAACGUCAGGAAAAUGUGAUACAAUAUCUUUUGAAAUUAGAUGAUAACGUUGAGAAAUAUUCACAGUUUGUUCGCUGGUGGUUUAUUACAACAUACUUAAUCUUGGUGUCAGGUGAAAAUAACGAGAUAUUCCACAAUUUUCAUUGGCUUUUAAAACUUCAUGAAAUUGCUUUACUGUCUAAUAUUGUUUCGAAAAAAGAUUAUCCAAAAUUAAACAUCAUUAUGAAAUGUUCAUCUUUGGUAUGUGCUAGAGCUUCAUUAGUAUAUGAUAAUCUUACUAUGGAUAAAAUUGAUUCAUUAAUUGUUGAAAUUUUAAAAUUUAGUUAUAAUUUUGAUUCAAAAAGAGAGUAUCUUUGUGGAAGAACAGAAUAUUUCUUCGUAACAAUGUCUUUACUUUAUCAAAGGAAAAGUAUUUUGAAUCUUAAAGAAGUUGGUGAAAAUAGAUAUGAGUUUUUAAAGCCUGAUUUAGAACAAACUUUGAGAAAUCUUAUAAUUUUAGCUACAAUAAUUCCAUUGGAUAAUUCAUUAAUUAGUCGGAUUUAUGAUGAAAUUUCAACUUGUAUUAUAUUACAUGGACAACUUCAUCUGAAAAUUAUUUGGAUUUUCAGUUUUUUAAAAAGUUUCUUCUCAUUAACUGCUAAUUUAACUUAUACAAUUGAUUGUGAUUAUUAUAGCAAUUUAUCAAAUUUUAAUGAUUUAAAUGAACAAAUUAAAGAUCGCAUUUUUGAUAUUAAAAGUAUUCAAUUUAUGUAUGAAAAAGAUUCAAUUGUGGAAGAUGUUGAAGAUGUUGAUCAUUUAAUUGCUUUUAUGAUUCCAAGAGUGAAGGUGAUUUCUGGUGAACAUGAAUUAAUUGAUGUUGAAUUUCCUGAUGAUUUUAAAGUUAUGGAUGAAAAAUCAACAGCUAUUACACAUAAUAAUAAAACUAAUGAAUUAAUACAACUUUGGAUUUCAUCGUUUUUAGAUUAUAAUGAAUCUAUACCAAAAGAUAUUUACAAAUUUUUAAAGAAGUUUAACAUAAAUAUUCCAAAUUGA